GUAGGGAGGUGAGGGAGGAUGGGAAAGAGGAGGCAGUAACAGCCAGAGCCUGGUGAGCAAAGAGGAAAUGAAAAAAGUCUAGGUCAGAGAGGUACAGGCUAGGCUCAGAACAGGUAGGCAAAAUAAGAGCAAGAAGAAGGAAAUAGAAAGUGAUGCUCCUUUUUGAUCAAUUCUAUUUCCUUUCGUAGAGUAUUAUCACUUACUGUUUUGCAGGUACUGUUGGACUGUUGGCAAUUAAAAAAAAAAAAAAGUUGCCCUGCUGAGAGUGGGAGAGGAGCCGUCUGUGGUCACCUGGGUCUUUUCUGGCAGAUAAAUGUCAAGCUGUGUUCAGAAUUCAACAAAAUGUUCAACUGAGAGCACACUUUUUCUCCUUAGAGGAUUUUGUCUUGUUAAAGAGUUUUGGACUUUGUAUGCUAAUGCUGGGCUUCAGAUGCUCUGGCCAAUGGAUUAUUAAGCUGUCUACUAUUCAUCUUCAUUUCAAUGGCUUAUUAUAACUCAGAUGUUGAUACCAGUGAACCAGGAUCAGUUCUCCCUAAAUGUUGCACAGUGUUCUGAAGCUCUUUGUACAAAGGACCAGUGAGUUUGAUGCCACACCUUCAUGAAGUCCUCUGGGGGACACAGCAGAACAGGUUCAAAUUUGAGUGGAUUUAAAGACUUGCCUCACUCAAGCAAAUUGACAAAUUUCUAUUUCUGCAUUCAUGGUGAAGAUAUCCGGGCAAAAAACAAAGCUGAUCUCUAGUUAACUAAUUUUCAAUUUGUGACUACUGAAUUCCUCAGAAGGAGACUGAAAAGUGCACAGGUGAUGUGGUAAUUGGGUGUUUGAGGACUAAUCGACCACAAUCAGGUUGGCUAGCUCCUCUGGCUGAUGGCAUGUUGAGGCACAUGGGCCAGUGGCAGCGAGGGCAUCUGAUCCAGAGGGGGCCACUCUAGAGGCCAGGCCACCAGCACCAUGGGCCAGUGCGUCACCAAGUGCAAGAAUCCCUCAUCAACCCUGGGCAGCAAGAAUGGAGACCGUGACCCCAGCAGCAAGUCACACAGCAGGCGGGGUGCAGGCCAUCGCGAGGAACAGCCACCAGCCUGUGGCAAGCCAGGUGGGGAUAUCCUUGUCAAUGGGACCAAGAAGGCAGAGGCUGUCACCGAACCCUGCCAGCUGCCAACGUCCUCUGGAGAUGCUGGGAGGGAGCCCAAGUCCAAUGCCGAGGAGUCUUCCCUGCAGAGGUUGGAAGAACUGUUCAGGCGUUACAAGGACGAGCGGGAGGAUGCAAUUUUGGAGGAAGGCAUGGAGCGCUUUUGCAAUGACUUAUGUGUUGACCCCACGGAAUUUCGAGUGCUGCUCUUGGCUUGGAAGUUCCAGGCUGCUACCAUGUGCAAAUUCACCAGGAAGGAGUUUUUUGAUGGCUGCAAAGCAAUAAGUGCAGACAGCAUUGAUGGGAUCUGUGCACGGUUCCCUAGCCUCUUAACAGAAGCCAAACAAGAGGAUAAAUUCAAGGAUCUGUACCGGUUUACAUUUCAGUUUGGCCUGGACUCUGAAGAAGGGCAGCGGUCACUGCAUCGGGAAAUAGCCAUUGCCCUGUGGAAACUAGUCUUUACCCAGAACAAUCCUCCAGUAUUGGACCAAUGGCUAAACUUCCUAACGGAGAACCCCUCGGGGAUCAAGGGCAUCUCCCGGGACACUUGGAACAUGUUCCUUAACUUCACUCAGGUGAUUGGCCCAGACCUCAGCAACUACAGUGAAGAUGAGGCCUGGCCAAGUCUCUUCGAUACCUUUGUGGAGUGGGAAAUGGAGCGAAGGAAAAGAGAAGGGGAAGGGAGAGGUGCACUCAGCUCAGGGCCCGAGGGCUUGUGUCCCGAGGAGCAGACUUAGUGGCUCUAUCCCAGGAGCAGCAGCAGCAGCAGCCGCAGCAAGGAUCUGCCUGCUGCUCUGUAGCCAACUGAGGGAUUGGACCUUUCUGGAAAUUACUGAAGAUCCAGAUAUUUUCUACUUUACACCUUUCUCUGCCUUGUAUCUGAAAGGGCUCUAAAAUGCUGUAUCAUGUUUUAGGCACUUUCUUCACUUUUUGGUUAUUUUGGUUAUUUCUUUUUUUGGGGGGGUUCCCCCAAAAUAUUUGAACCUGGCUACAUGUUGUGUAUCUUUUUUUUGAAGCCUUCAGAUAGAAUAAGCCUGCCAUUUCUUGCACAAAUUAGAUUUUUUUUUUUUUUUGUGGGGGAGGGUAUAGAGCAGGGAGGGGGGAAUGGGAUGGUUAGGUUGAAUUAACAUUACAAGAUGAUACAGUGCCAGAUCUCAGUUUUGCAUAUUCUGUUUUUCAGGGCAGGUCUGUACUGUGUGUAGUGCUGUUUACAUGGUUGGAUUUAGGUUAUAAUAAUUAUUUUAAAAGAUUUACACAGAAUUGAAUAGCAGUGUUAACUGUUAACCAUAUUGCAUUAAUUCCCAGGCGAUUUAAAGCUCUUGGAGAGCCAAGGCCAGCCAAGAGCAUUUGUAGUCUGGUGACAACCCCCUUUUAAGCUAAUUUAUCCGAACCCCUUUUCUUCACUUCUUGCUCAUUCCUUCUUUGACCUAUUUCAUUUCAUGUUGCAUUUAUCCAUCAACAUGCUGCACCUGUCAGUCAAGUGAGCAGUUUUUUUUUAUACCACAUUGUACUGAGAACCACUUAAGCAUUGAAUGCAGAGAAAGCAGUGCUACCUCAGUUUUGCUGGAAGUAGACUUUGAUAGUUUUCUUUUUUUUUUUUUUUUUUUUUAUGAAUUUUCUGUAUUUUCAUGUUGUAGGUGAAAAUACCUUUUUUUUUUUUUUUUCAUUUGCCUUGGAGCCAAAGUUUCUGUUCCUGGUGGUCGGAAAACUGUGCCUGCCGGCCAACUGACUUGAAGGAAAACUGUGGUAUGGAGCUCUGCUUGAAUUUUUUUUUUUUUUUAAUAUUUUUUUUGAUUAUCAUCAGCUUACUUGUCUGGCAAGUGCAGAAGCCUGGGACUGGCCUGAACUCUGCCAAACAAAUAUAGAAGUGUAUUUAAUAGUUAAACUUGUGCCCUUUCCCUUCUUGCUGCACCCAUGUUGUCACUUAAUCCCCAGGAGUUAUUUAUUACCUUCUUUGUUAAUGUCAAGCUCAUUUGGGGUAAUGUGAUAACUGUUUAGGUUUACAUGACCCUCCUCUCUUUUUCCCUACCCCCAAAUAUGUAUAUAUACAUAUAUAAGAUAUGUAUAUAUUUUACCUAUAUAAAAUAUAUAUAUACACAUAUAUGUAUCUAUAUUCCUUUAUUUCUUUGCCUGCUAAAACUGGCCAUAAAAGAGGGAGCUGCCUUCAAUAUAUAAAGCAUAAGAAGAGUGCCAGGGAAUGUCAUAAAUGGAGGCUUUUGAACCUGAAUUUGGACCAUUUUCACUAAAGAGAAGAUGAAUUUUCUCAGCCCUUUCCUCAUACGAGGGAGGGCCAGUUCCCCAGACUCCUUUACGUGCUCGCUCCAUAAGGUCUGCUUUGGCCAUACUGCCACACGGGAGCUGACUCUGGUCCUACCCAGUUUCAGUAGAGGGUCCUCUUGGUAUUUUUCCAUUUAAAAAAACGGCCUCAAAAAACUGUACUGGAAGGGUGGGUGGCAGGAACUUGUAUAGUUCAGCUUCCAACACUUUGGAAUAGAUUGAAAAGGGAAUCUUUGAAUAAAAACUUUUAAAAUAUUUAUACUCUUGAGAUAAUGAGAGUUUGUCUAUUAAACAUUUGGAGUUUUCUUCCCUAACUACUCCCAUCUGCCUCCCAGGUAUGUUUCUCAGCCUGGGCAGAAUUUGCUUAUUUUGAGUUCCUUUAUUAGUAGUCUAUGGCUCCAGGCUCCCAUCUUUCCAAAGAGGAUUAUUUAAAGAGUUUCUGCAGUCGAUGUUUUCUAAGAUUGACAAUGACCUAGGAAAUGUACUUGGGGGGUUGAUUUUUUUUUUUUUUUUUUAAAGCCCCUAAACCUUACAGUUGCUUCUUCUAGAGGACUAGAAGGGAAACUUUCAAAUCAGCCACAGCAAGUUAGCAGUACUGCUGGAAAGCUGAAGAGGGUCUCAGGCCAGAUGUCCGGCUUUUGUUCUAGCCUAAGACACAAGUUCCUUGAAUAAAGAGAGUUUUUAGGGGCCCAUUGGGUUUUGUGGGCUCAACUGUAGUCAGGGUGCCCAGACUGAGGUCUUAAAGGGGGAAUGCCUUUUUAUCCAGCCAGUCUGCGACGUCUAGUUUUUCCUGAUUCUGGACUCGGUCAAGGUUGAAAAGGGAGAAAGGCAGGCUGCUUCUCCUAGUCCGGUAAGGCUCUCUUCUUAGAUGACAAGGGUAUAUGGAGAGAAGUGCACAAAAGAGGGAGGCACUGAGGAUCCUGAGGACUCUGGAGAAACUGGAUUCCUUUCCCAGCCUACAAGGUAGCAUUCCAUGCAUGAGGUGUACUAGACUGGGUGGAUUUUGUAAAUUAACUAUUCAGCCUCCCCACCCUCCAGAAAAGGGCCAGUAAAGAACUUAUUUUUGGUUAUAUUUUUAAUGAUGUAUUUGUUACAGAAAUGCAAAUGAGAAACCAGAAAAGGGAGCCGUUAGGGAAGGACUUAAAGGGUCCUUCCAGGUUUGACUUCAUGAUGCAAGGAAUUCAAGCUUCCACAGUAGCUCUGCGCCAAUGUUUGACUACAGGAAAAGCAAUUUUGCAAAGGGAUCGAAGAUGGGUGUGUAUGUAGGAUUUGUAGUCAUUUCUGGGAAGUGAAAGGUCUCUGGUCCUUUUAACCUAGAAACAGGUUUUCUGUUUAAUGGGUGAGCAGUAAUUGUGUGGAAGAGGCCAAAUGCGUGCCCCUCAGGUAAGCCAGUGCACUCUUCACUUUAACAAUGUAACACCAGGGUGGUGUGAAGAGGGGCAGGAUAUGGAUGCAAUUUUGAAAAUAGGCAAAUAUUUGAGGGUAACUACAAUACAUUGAAUACGUAUUGGGGAAUUCUUGGUUUUCAGCAAAUGGCUGAGUUUGUGGUUAGUGAUUAGAAAGCUGUAUGAGAUGAAGUGUUGCUUCAUUGAAAUGCUCUUCCCCCAUCCCUGCCAUAUUUGAAUGUAUCAUUAACCCCACCUAUUGUAAUGACUUUGCUGUGCUUCAGCUGGUUGCCUCAACAGUAUUUCCUCAUCUGUGCCAGAUGUGCUCACAUCUGUGAGAUGUGAGAUAGGUCCCAGACACCAUGUCUACCCUUCCAAUAAGAAGUAUUAGAGCUGGGUAAAGAUCCCAAUUUCAACCAAGCCCAUAGGCCCAAAGAAAUCCAACUGAAAAUGUACAGGGCAGUGUUUUUGACAUUAAAACUUUCCUAAGGAAGGCACAAACUAGCCUUCUUAGGAAGAAGGGAUUAAGCCACAAAGUAUUUAAUCAGUCUUUGAAACAGUCUUGAUUUCCCAGAGGCUGAUGCCAAAUUCAGCCCUCAUUGCUGGAGCCUGUAGGAUGUGGGACUCCAUAGUUCGUGUGAUGGCCUCAAAUACUCUACACUAUGCCAAAUUGCAUUAAACAAUAGUGGGAAAUUACUGGGAUAAGGACUUGGGUCUAAAAGUUGAAGAACCAAAAUAUCCGUAUUUAGGACUUUGGUUUGCCACAUUUAAAGUGAAGUCUUGAGUGUAGUGAAGCCCAGAAGUAGACCCAAUUAUGCAAUUAUAAGGGCUGGAGAGAAGAUGCUGCUAGGUUUGUUUUGUUUUAGCUGCCUGCUUUCGCCUUUUUCUUGUGUCUCUAAUGUUUGAUUAGUGAUGACUUGAACAUCUUGGCAACUGACAAAGGUCUUCAGUGGUGGGCUCUAGCAGUAUCUUGUUUAGAAAGGACUAUUAAAAGUUAGUACAGUAUGUUGAGACUCACUUGAGGACAUUCACAUUGAUCCUCAACUUACUCCAUAAUCUGUUUUUUGAAUCUUACAGGGUGGUUCCCACUCACCCCUUUCAGAAUUUAUUCCUAUAAGCUGUAAUUAUAGCAUAUAUCCAGUUUAAUCUGGACUGGGGGCCGUGUUUUAGUGAGGAUCUGCAGGUGUUUUUUCUUACUGAAAGACAGACUUGAGCACUGGUUGCAGACGCCAAGAUGAUUUAUAUAGCUUUGAGUAACCGUCAGGUACUGCGGCAUCACAUCCUCCCUAUUCCUCUUGGAAACUAAGCCUGCUUUCAUAGAUACCUUUUUCCACCAUGCACCUUCCCUUCUUUCAGUAUAAUCUUGGAUAAUGCCAAAGGAAGCCAUUCAACAGAAGCACACCUCCCCCCACCCACCGCCCCUGCCAUUUAUUCUGGGGGACGUGUCUUCCCUCUGACUCUGGUCCCCAGCCCCGAAUCUGUAAUAAACUCCUCUUACCUGUUGCACUAAUGAAUAUAAUUCUGGGUUUCAAAGGGGGAAUUUGAAGCAAUAGGCAAAUGGGGCUUGGAUGAAUUGGUCCUACAGAUACCCUGCCUUAACCCACUGAGGUGAUGAGUCCACUACUCAUGUGACCCUCCACCUUUGUGGAUUCCUCUUGGUUUGUGACCGGUCUGUUUCUUGAGGUUGUACAAACUUGUUGACAAAGGUCAAUACUUUUGUUUGUAUUCUCUGCACUGUUGCACUCUCCAAAUGGCCCCUUGAAUAUUUUUAACUUGUUACACACGUUUUGGUCUUUGUCUACAUUUUUCUUUUGAUGUUUUUGUUUUUUUAUUUGAAAGGUUACCUGCUGUUGGAUUUAAUAAAUUUGUUUACUUGACUGUU